CAGAGCAGAUAGGUGUAGAUAGAUGAUGUUGGCUGGUGUGUAAAUAGCAUGUCGGGGACCACAUGUGGAGCAAACAAAAUGAUUUAGUAAAUGCGAAUCUUUCUUACCGCGUGGAAGCUAUUAUGUAUAUCUUUAUUGAUCAACAAUUGUUUGUUGUUACGUUUGAACCUGCAAAGUCAUCAAAGUGAAAAUAAUAUGAGUGUUGCAAACAGUUUGAAAAUUUUGACGAUAUUCAGCAUAGUGUUGUUUUUGAUUGCGGAAAUUUGGACCAGACCAAUAAAUAAUCAAGCAACGUUUUUGGAACACAAUCAUCAAAAUAAUGGCACAAAAUAUGAAUCUUUUAACGAGACAAGCAUUACUCAGACCCCAAUGGAAGAGAGUGAAGAUUCUUCAAGUCCCAGUGAAGUGCAAAAGGCCGUUUGUACGGUGACAGCAGGUGAUGUGAGAGCAAGUGCUGAAGCGGUGACAACAAAGGCCUUAAAGGGUGUUUGUGGCUCUAAGGAAAUGCACAGUGCAUUUAAUAGUUUAGAGAAUAAAUUUGUCAAGCAAUUAGAAGAUGUGGAAAGUCGAUUGGCCAAGGAAUUAGAAAUAAUCAAAAAUCUCAUAUCCACAAGUCUGACGGCAUGCAAUAAAUCCACCAGUGUUGUUGAAGCGGUGGUACCCACAAAAUCAAUUGUUCUACUACAACCCAUACCUGGCAGCAAUAAUGACAAUAGCCAUAACAAUAAUCACAAAUUAAAAGCAAAAAUUCCUACAAAUAAGCACUCAUAUCGUGCGAAAGAAUUUUCAAUUGCCCCUAAUAAUCUACACAAUGAGAAGGAUCAAAAGAUAUUUACCUAUUAUUGGAAAAUUGAAAAUUUUACAAGAAAACUGGAAAAUGGUACCAUGGGCAUUUCCACACAAACUAGUCCAACAUUCUCAAUAAAAGAUAAAACACUACGGGUUAAGGCUUCCUUCCAACAUAUGCAUCGUGACUUUCUAUUCCUGCAGCUUGUUGAUAUUUCCGCCUCGCUUCACACUUCGUCAUCGGGAAAUAGUGUUAUUUUGGAUACUGGGGGACUUUUUAAAGAAAUACAAAAUGGCAAUUUGAAAUAUAAAAUGUCCGUUAUUGAUCAGAAUGCUCAGCGUGGUGUUGGUGGUGGUAAAGAUCUAGUAUCGCAAGAAUUCGAUAACCACGAAUCUGGAUUUUUGAUACCCAAUAGUGCUCUUAGUCCAUUUGUCAAAGACGAUUCUUUAUUAAUAAAGAUUUUUUUCUAUCUAUAA